CUGCAGAAGGAACUGUCGAUCAGAGAUCAUGACCAUGGGGUUGACUCCAAGGCGGACGACUUCAUUAACCGGUUCAAGCAUGAGCUGAAGCUGCAGAGGCUCGAGUCGUUGUUGCGCAACAGAGAGUUGCCCGGCGACUGGCUUUGCUCGACCGAUCGUGCAUUCGAUGCCCCUCCGCUAAGAAUUAAAACUCCAUUUAUUGGAGUAACGAUGGGUCGGCACAAGACCUUCACCAACCUGAAGGAAGUGUUUCCCAGCGACGAGAAGCACGGCAGGUUCGGCGAGAUGAUGGUGGGGAUGCUGCCGGAAGACCUUCCUUUCACGGUGUUCAUGCCUUCAGCAAGGGCAUUCGAGCGUGACAUCGGGCUACAAGCUGCAGAUGGUGAUACCAACUCGACAAGGAAUGAUUCGUACGCUGUGGUUUGUCGAAUUCUGGGGGUUCUCGGCAGUACCUCGAGCUCUACAUUCGACAAUACUUGCUCCUGGAGAGGAGGUUUAAGUAUGAUUCAUUGUCCGGAUUGA